AUGGCAGCCGUGGACAGUGAAUACAAAUACACCCUCAUCGACGUCGGUGCAGAGGGCCGCAGAAGCGAUGGAGGGGUCUUGAAGAAUUCAGAGUUUGGAAAAGCCCUCGAGAACAGAAGUCUAGGCCUACCGUCAGCUGGCAAACUCCCGGGAAGUGGAAUCGUGGCACCGUAUGCCUUCGUAGCUGAUGAAGCGUUUCAACUUAGAGAAGAUUUUAUGCGUCCUUUCCCAGCGAAACAGCUGAGGGAUGAUCGAAGAGUGUUCAAUUACAGGCUCAGCCGGGCACGAAGGUGUGCAGAAAAUGCCUUUGGCAUAACGGCAGCGAGGUGGCGCAUUCUGCUAAGAACCAUCAACCUGCACCCUAAGAAUGUCGACUACAUUGUUAAAGCAGCGUGCAUAUUGCACAAUUUCCUCACUGUGCUCAACAGCCAAACGCGAGUGCAUGCAGACAAGGAGGACAAGUUCGGAAAUAUCAUUGCAGGCCAGUGGCGACAGCGCAUUGACACGGAAAAAGGCAGCAACGCUGAACCUCGCUACUUCGCCCUAGAAGCAACACAUGCACGAAACUACAAUGGCAGCGCUGCAGAUGCCCGGAAGCUGUUCAAUGCGUAUUUCUGCAGCAGUGCUGGGGAGGUUUCCUGGCAGUGGCUGCAACCAGGCAUUACAAAGGAAGAGGCCAUGAGACAUGUGCACGAGGACCAGCGUCUGGCACCUUGCUGAUACGUCAAGUAGAUGGGCUCUUGGAGUUGCUGGUGAUGAUGAUACUCAGCUGACAGAUUCCUUUGUGUAUCCUUUGGUUUUUAUUGGUUUUGAAACUACAGUAUAGACCACUUGUAACGUAACCGCUUAUAGUGCAGGACCGGAUAUAGUACGGGCUUUUCGGACUCCCGUUAAUUUGCCCAUAGAACUCCAUGUAUACGCAUACCGCUUACAGUGCAGCCGCGUGAGACGAAAUACCGGUUAUAAUGCGGCUUCUGCGGGAAAAUCUCGCCGACAAGGGCGGCAGCGAGCAGGCUUCUCAACAAGGUGCGCCCACCAAUGGGAGAGGAGAUCAACGAGGGCGAUGUGGAGGAGGAGCAUGAGAAGCGAAGCAAACGACCGGAAAGAAAUGCGUGCGUAGGUUGUCUAGGCGACGGAGAAACCUUUUGCUCUGCUGCUUAUCAGCGGUGCAUUUUGCACUGAACGCAGCUUCAGUUUCUGUGCACUCGUCGCAAUGCGUGUCGUGAAGCGCGAGCGACGCUGUCAAUUUAAGCAGUGUCCCGCAAAUUUAGUUUGGAGCUACAGUAAAACCUUGUUAAUUCGGAAAAUCGGUUAAUUCGGGCUUAUUUGGCCACACAUGGGUUAAUUCAGACUACUUUCGGAGCUCGGUGAGCGAGGAGCGCCGCAAAUGUGCGACGCAAAAGAGGAACGGCGCUAGUGUCCAACCGAAACGAAGCGGCGGAGUCUGCAUCGCCACAGCCAUCAGUUGAAAUCGUACGUGAAUGACAGCAACGCUGGGACGCUUCGAGUCUAUUUGUGUCUUUAAAGCCUGUAUUCUUGCGUUAACCGCCGCGGGCUUUCGUAACUGCAUAGUCAUCUACGAUCGCGUCGAUAGUGGCCGCGGUUUUCUCCGCAGCGGUUGCGGCGAACAGUAGUUUCGUUUUUACACGGUACGCGCGUCGGCCGCGUGCAUAAAAAACUGCGUAGUCGCCAUCGAUGAUCGCAUAGAUAGCAACCGCGGUUUCAACUGCAGUUGUUGCAGCGAAUGGAAGUUAAUUCGUUCAGACUCGGUGCGUUGUCGGGCGCGUGCCUUUAGCACCGCGAAUUUGUCGACAUUCAUAAUCGCCUCGAUAGCGGUCACGGUUUUUUCCGCAGCGGUUCCGGCAAACAGUUUCGUUUUGACUCGGUGCAAAGCUGUCGAGCUUGAAGAGCACCGGCUACAUCGCGAUUAUGUUUUCGCCAGCUCAGUGGCGAAAAUGUAAUCACGAUGUGCGAGCGAUAGUACAAAGUGUGUCUAAAUGCUUGGUCAACAUGUUCUGCAUACGUGCAGGUCUUUAAAAUCGUUGUUUUCGCUUAUAGUGCAGAUAUUCGCGACUCCGGCGACUUAUAUUAUAAGCGGUCUACACUGUAUUGUGUUGGUGCUAUCUUACUCUCGCGUCCUUGAACAAAAGGCUGUAAAACCAGACCAUUGCAGUGGCACUCUCGGCAGCACCUGCCUGCUAGAGAGCGCGGUCCCCAGGUGGCGGAUGGGGGGCCUGCUUUUGCACAUUACAGCAAAAGCAGUGGUGCGUGCACCUCGCGGACCAACAGGCCUUUCCCCCCCCCCAAUUUUUUUAGGUACUCCAGCUGAACUUUGGGUUGCAGAGCCAGUGUAUGUUGUGGAGCUGAAUAAACCUGAUGCACUAAACCUGUAUUUUGUUCUGUUGACUGAAAUGCUGCCGCUACCAUGUGGCUGC